AUGCCGGAAUCCCCUCGCGAAUGGGAACGGUUCCAUCUGCAUCUGCGUCUCCGAUGCGACGCCGUCGAGAAUGCGGCAGCGAUCCUAAUUGCCAUUCGCGACCGGUACUCGUACCGUCUCGCUUCGAGGCCGUCCGGAUUCCGUCGGCAGCAGACGAUGGGGAUCUCGCCCCUUCCUCGCCCCGCGUCGGACCGACGCCACCCGCAAACGACCGAAGCGGUCGUCGAAUUCGCGUCGAUCUCGCUUUCGGGUGCGUUCGGGCUCGAGAAGCCUCGGAAAGAGAAAUCGCGGUCGAAUCCAUCGGAUCCCCGCCAGGACGCGUAUCGACCGGACGAGUGCAAACUUUUCGAGCGAGAUGAAACGAAAUCCUCGUGUCGUCUUCGCCGAUCGUUGACCUUUUUUUUCGUUUCUCCCCCAGGCGGUCAGCAUUGGUGCAGCUUGGCGUACUGGGAGCUGAAGAGGAGAGUGGGAAGGAUGUUCCCAGUUUUCAAAGACACCAUCCACAUCUUCUCGGAUGUCCCCCACGGAGAAGGACUCUGUCUUGCCACUCUCGCCGCACAGGAAGCCAGACCGCCCGAUCCCGUCCGACGAACGAGGGACAAGAUCGCACUCGGAGUUGUGCUGAGUCGAGACGACGAAGGCGUGUGGUUGUACAAUCGCUCCGAUCAUCCCGUGUUUGUACAUUCCCCGACCUUGGACCACCCUCACCCGACGUCCAGGACGUUCCUCGUCCACAAACUCCUCCCGGGUUAUUCCCUGAAAGUGUUCGACUACCUCGUGUCCAAGUACUACCAGUCGUUGACGGACGGGGGCCCGUGCGAAGGCCCCGGAAGCGGCGGUCCCGUGGAUCCCCGAGCCGUUCGGAUCAGCUUCGCAAAAGGCUGGGGCCCGCAUUAUUCCCGUCAGUUCGUGACUUCCUGUCCGUGCUGGUUGGAGAUCCUCCUUUCCGAAGACAGGCCGAGGUGAUCGAGCGGAGCCCUUGUUUUCGCCUAGCUUUAAUCGAAAUCCCAGUCGACAGGGAGGGCAACACGUAUCUGAGUGUGAUAUCUUAGCUAUUUCCCUUGCAGAAGUCAACGAGUGUUUUCCGAGUUCGCGGAUGAGAAAUUCUAUCGCGUCCGAGUGUGUGUGGUCUGUUCUCGUCGUCGAGUUUCGGUCUCCUAGUCCUUUUGUUUCUCCGUUUCGGUCUGCCCACCUCGUUAUUUUUUUUCCAUCGCCGAAUUUCCCCCGUUCUUCGGAUCGAUUUUUGGUCCCGUUGUCAUAAUCAGUAUUAGUCACGACUGAAUCAUCCAACUCACGUUGCC